AUGGACGUCGACACGGAAGACCAGGGGCCCAGGGUCACCAUCAGACAGACUGAACGGGAUCACGUGGACUUCAUCCUCAAGGGUGUGGACCUUGCGGCGGCAAACUCCCUCAGGAGAACCAUGCUAGCGGAAAUUCCAACCCUAGCCAUCGACAUUGUCGAGAUCGAUGUCAACACAUCGGUGCUUGCAGACGAGUUUUUGACCCACCGCUUGGGUCUUAUUCCUUUGACCUCCGAAGGUAUCGAGAACCUCUCCUACUCUAGAGAUUGCACGUGUGACCAGUACUGUCCCAACUGCUCGGUCAAGCUCGAGCUCACAGCCAAGUGUGACAGUGACCUGACGAUGAACGUGUAUGCGCUGGAUUUGGCCAAGUUCCACAACGGCCUGAAGCUUGGUGAUCCGGUCAUCCGUGACCCGGCUCAGAGAGGGCCUUUGCUCUGUAAGUUGAGAAAGCACCAGGAGCUUCGUCUAACAUGUAUUGCCAAGAAGGGUAUCGCCAAGGAGCACGCCAAAUGGUCGCCAUGUGCCGCCGUUGGCUUCGAGUACGACCCUUGGAACAAGUUGAAGCACACAGACUACUGGUUUGAGGAGGAUGCUGAUGCUGAGUGGCCCAAACUGGCCAACAGCGAGUGGGAAGAGGCGCCUGAUCCAGAGGCGCCUUUCGACUACAAGGCCGAGCCUGCCAACUUCUACAUGGACGUUGAAACCGUCGGCAACUUGGCUCCCAACGAGGUUGUGGUGCGCAGUAUAGAGGUGUUGCAGUUGAAGCUCGCUGGAAUCGCCGUGGAGCUCAACAAGGACACUGUGGAGGCCAACAGCGCCGCUGCCGGAGGCUUCACCACAUACGGCCGCUCGCCAGGCGCCGGCAACUCCCCGGCUAACGGGUACGCCUACGGCGAGGGUUUUGGCAACCUGGGUUGGUAA